AUGAUGAUGAUGGUGUUGGUGAUAAUAGCUUCUGGGAAUAAGCUUCUUUUCUCUGUCGAGAACAAACUUCACAAGUUUGUCAUUAAAGGUUAGGUAACAAAGAGACGACUUUGGGAUUCUCACUCAAUUUUUCAGAUGAAAAUGAACUGGAAUUUUAUUUUUUUUUUUGAGGAUUUUUUGGUUUCAAAAUUCUAAAUGGAUUUAUAAAUUGAAAAAAUAGGCUGCAUGAUGCUUGAAAAUACUCUAGAGUUCUUGAAAUAUCACUGAAAACGGCUCUUCGCCUUGAGAUCUUUAUAAAGCUUUUUUCCAAGUCUUCGGUUAAUAUAUUGUUUGACAGUUGUCUGAAAAUAUCAAGAAUUUGACAAAUAAUAAGAAGGAAUGUUAAAACGAGCGAAAUGUUCAAAUUGAUGCCUAUUCUUCGGAACAAUCAAUUAUAAUAUUUGAGGAAAACUAGAUACAAUGGUCCAGUAACGUACUUUAAACAGGACAUUCCAUGCAGAGGAAUGGGUUUGGAAGAGAACGUUUGACAGGUAAUAAAAUGAUUGAAUAAAAUGGACAGGAAAGACGUGAGUGGGGCGGACGUCAUUUCGACUCGAUGGCCAAGGAAAAGUCGAAGGGCGCCGUCAAACGUUCUUCCGAGGAGGUUUCCGCGAUUCCGAAGCUCAACUUGAUUCAAAAUGGGCUUUUUUCAUUGGAUAACUAUUUGACAGUUUGAGAAUUCGAAUACAGUCAUUUUCCUGUACUUUUCGGAUUCUUGUGCUUGAUGAUUGGAUUUCGUAGGAUCUUGAUUUCGUGCUGAAGCGUUUUGAGGCGCAUGAAAAGAUUUCGGGAAGGCGUUUUUCUGUGUUACCUAAGGCGAAUUGAGGCGGUUUCGAAACAUAAAGUACGGCAUUUUAAAAUAGGAAAUAUUUUAUUUUAGAAAUUGAAUUGAGGUCACUAGUGCUUAAAGUAAAGCUGGAAGCGCCUUUAGGAGGUUUUUUUACGUGCUAGUCAAUCAAUAAUAAAAUAUAAUUUGAAUACAGAUAUAAGGAUCAUAAUUUCAACUUCAGAAUGUUUCUUUACGCACUAUUUUCUACGAGAAAAGGAAUCAAAUUUCUUUAAGUUCGAUUGCACUUUUUAAAAAAUUUUUUUUUUGUCGAAAAAUUUUGAAUUUUUGCAGAGAGGACGCAAAAAGAAGUCGGGAAGCCGAACGCCACCUCGCAAGAGCAUGCCGGGCUUCCUUUCCUGCUGCUCCAAGAAGAAACCUCCAGCCAAAUCUGCCAAAGUCCUCAAAGUUUCAAGCAAACCUCAAACUAAUUUUGAAGAAAAGCUCAAAGUCGAAGUCGAAGAGCGUCAGAAAGCGAAGCACGCCAAAGAGUCGUCCUGGCGAAAGAUCUAAGUCGCGACGUCAUCAUAGGUCCAAGAAGAGAUCCUCUUCUGCGAGAAGUCGACAUUUCCAGAUUAUUCAUCGAAAUUUGAAAUGAUUUAGAAGAAGCAUCGUCGUCGUCAUGUGGCACGUCGAGCACGGCGCCCCUCAGCGCCAAUCAAUCCAGUGAUAAAUUUCCGAAGGUAGUGCAGUUACCUGUUUCAAAGACUUUGGAGGAAAAUGACAAGACUGCUCGAACCUGCCUGAUUUCUUUAUUUUGAUUUUUAGAUUCAUUUUUUGUGAUUGGGGCUCACAUUGAUAGAAAAUGAUGGAAGCUUUAAAAAUUAAAAACAGUUUUUCAAGCAUGAAGUUCCUCCUGGAGCUCCAGGAGCGGUCGCAGCUCCUCCUCCUCAGCCAUUGCCCCGAAUCCCAACGGAACAUGUAGGAAUUUCUAUUGCAAUGUUCAUCAACAUAUCGGAUAUUUUGAGGGCCAGCUUCCACCAAAACCGGCCGAAGGACUGCAACCGCCGACGGCUCACGGAGUCGUUCCGGUGGAGAAUAAGUUAGAGCUCUCGAUUUAGUCUCCGUUUCUGUAACUAUUCAUUUUCAGGAUGGCAGUUAAGGUCGAUGAGAAGGCGAAGAUAAAUAAUGAGUUGGAUCAGGUACUUUUAGGGAAAAAUGAGAAAAUUUGUCAUAUAAUUUGAUUUGAUUUCACGGCAUUCCUAAUGAGGUGAGCGAAGGUGAGCGAAGCGUCAAAGUUUCUGAAUUUACAAAAAAAAGUGAGUGCGCGCUCCGGAUAAAAUGACGUCAUAAUUACACUGAGUAUUCAACGGUAAUAACUUGUAUGUUCGAUCGCCUUUGGCUGCGUACUUGAGAUUUCGAAUUUCGCGCCAAAGUGACUUCUCUUUAGUGACUUCUCUUCGCCCCGUUUGGGAACGCCGUUAUUUGGAAACUGAACAGUUUUCUGUCUUAUGCGCCGUUUAAAGUAAUAUACUAUUUUAAACGAAAUGAGAGGUUCAGCUUCUCCGAAUAGGAUUAAUUACCAGGCCCGUCUUUGUAUUUGAAUUUAAAAACAUUUUUAGAAGUUAGGAAUGUGUGAUUUUUCAAAAAAAUGGUCGAGAAGGAUAAAAUUAGAUUGGCACCGCCCGAGACGACGAGGAUCAACAGCAAACUUCGAAGGCCAAAUCACACGGAAUUCGCGACGGCGACUACCCGCAGAAGAAGUUCACCAUCAUUGAGUCGGUUUUCAAAAUAAUUUCACUUAUAUUACUCAUUCGCCUCAACUUGAAACGAGUCUGAAGUUUUCAAGCCUUGAGCCUUGAAUCCUUGAAAAAUAGAGAGUACUGUUAAAUACAAGGACGUUUAUAGAAAAAGGUUAUCAUUUCAAUUUUUGAAUAAUCUCCAGCUUUCAAAGACUAGAUGCAGACUCUUCGUAACACUUUGAUUUCUCUGCCCUCUCCUCUAUUUACGUGCUUUUUUAACGUUUCUUUGAUCUCGCCGGUGAGGGAAAAUAGAGAGCAGAAAGGUCAGACUUGAAAACUGUGGCAAAUGAGCAGUACUAAUUUAAAAAAAAAAGAUAAAUUGAAUAACGGUUGAAGGUAUGUCCACGAGGGACGUCGCGUCCGCCGCUGGGAGUACGAGGACAUCACGCCCUUGACCGUCCUCCCUCACACGAUGGGCGAUAUCGUUCGAGCUUCCCGGAAAGCUAUCGAGUAGGAUAAUCCCAAAAGAAAUUAAGAUGUUAUUUGGAAACUAUUUUCAGCAAAUGCCAUGAAGGAACUAAAACGAAGGUAUCGGUUUUUUUUUCAACUUCAAAGGCGCAGGGAGUUGCUCAAACUGAAACGGAUCGAGAAAAAAAAUGCUUGUCGCAAAAAUUUGAUUAUUAUUUCCAGAGGAUGCAAAUCUUUAAGAGAUCACUUGAUUUUUGUGUGGCGCUUGAGUGAAGCUUUUUCUAUUGAUUUCUGACCAGAAAAACACUCUUGCUCUUUCCAGGUCCACUCAAGUGACCUAAAACCUCUAGUGAUCACUUGGAAAAAUAAAACACUCCGGUUGUCUCCAACCUUAGCGAAGAACAAUAAUAAUUUCAUCCCGAAAAGAUUUUUUCUGAACUAGAGUUUGAUACAAAUCUUUUCUGGAAGAAAAGUCUGUACAUUCGAAAUCCUUGUAACAUGAGUUUGUAUUGAAAACACCAAAUUCAUUUUUGGAAACUUUUGCCGUGAUUUUUCAAACGAUUAUAUAUUUUCAGAAACAGGCCGAAACGGCUCUGACCCACGAUCUCGACCAGCUCGGCAAAGUGAUGGCUAAAGAAUGA